UAUAAACACGUACUACUACGUCUGCAAUUGUCACCCACCGUACGCACUUAGAAGUCAUCCAAUCUCAACUGGACAACUCAAUUCAUCUUCAUCAGAAGCAGCUGAAAUGGCAGAACCAAAGCUCUUUGAACUCAACAAUGGCACCAUCCAACUCAAGGUCUCCAAUCUUGGCUGUACCAUCACCUCAUUGUCUGUCCCUGAUAAAAAUGGAAAAUUGGGCGAUGUUGUUCUUGGAUUUGACGCACUUGAGCCGUAUCUGAAAGGAGCUGCACCUUAUUUUGGCUGCAUUGUUGGCCGGGUUGCAAACAGGAUUAAAGAUGCCAAAUUUACACUCGAUGGUGCUCACUACUCCUUGCCCAUCAACAAGCCUCCAAACAGUCUCCAUGGUGGGCAUAAGGGAUAUGACAAGGUUGUGUGGGAAGUAGUGGAACACAAGCAAGGCAAUAAACCAUCAAUCACAUUCAAAUACUAUAGCCGUGAUGGGGAGGAAGGUUAUCCAGGGGAAUUAGCUGUAACUGCAACUUACACACUCACCUCAGCAACAACAUUGAGGCUAGACAUGGAAGCUGUGCCUCAAAACAAACCAACCCCAGUGAGUUUAGCUCAACAUACCUAUUGGAACUUAGGAGGCCACAACUCAGGAAACGUUCUUGAUCAUACUAUUCAGAUAUUGGCAAAGCAUGUUACUCCUGUGGAUCAGAAUACAAUCCCAACAGGAGAAAUCAUGCCGGUUAAAGAUACUCCUUUUGACUUCACCACUGAGCAGAAAAUUGGUAGUCGUAUCCACGAGGUUGGCAUAGGCUAUGACCACAACUAUGUGCUUGAUUGUGAAGAUGAGCAAUGGGGGCUGAAGCAUGCGGUGAAAUUGAAGGAUCCAGUGAGUUCAAGAGUUCUGAACUUAUGGACAAAUGCUCCUGGUAUGCAGUUUUAUACAGCCAACUACGUACAUGGAAUUGUUGGUAAAGGAGGUGCUCAGUAUGACAAACAUUCUGGGGUUUGUUUGGAAACACAGGGAUUUCCGAAUGCGAUCAAUCAACCAGAUUUCCCUUCUAUUGUUGUUCGACCGGGAGAGAAGUAUGAACACAGCAUGCUGUUUGAGUUUUCAGUUGAGUAAAGAUGUUGAAGAAAUUUAGAGAAGCAAAUGCUAAUAAUAAAGUCCGACUUUGUAUGCAAAAGAUGAUUGUUUUACCUUUAAUCAGAACUUCGAUGAAUAUACAUCUUGAAGUGUGAACUGCAUUAUGGAUGAUUUUAUGGGCCUUGUUAACAUGUAUCUAAUUAUCUAUGCAUCUUUUCUUUCCGCCUCAAA